GGGAGUACUUAUAUAAAACCGAUUUCCGAUUUUUAAUAAUAAGUACUUUGACAAGAAAAUAUGAAGUUAUUCGCAAUUCUCUUGAUAUUUUCCUUCCAUUGUCUUUUUAUGGAAGGAGAUGCACGUGGAUUAGAUUCUGUGAAGAAUUUAGAUUCUUCUAGUAUCGAGGUAGAAGAAGACGAGAAACUGAUUCUGGGCGAAAAGGUUAGACAACAAUCAACCAGCUAUAAUCAAAAAUCAAUAAAUAAGGACGAAGACAAUAAUAAUAUGAGACAUAUCAUAUACGUUCCUACAAAAUGUCCACAAGGACAAGAAAAAGAUCCCAAUGGACAAUGUCGAGAUAUUUCUAAUUGAAACUGCUUUGUUUAAAAUAAACAAAACAAAUUAUUUCGACUUAUCUUUUAUACAAUAUACAAGGAUCGUAAUUUCUUUUAAUUUAAAAUUACAAUUUUGUAUUCAUUACUCAAUAAUUGUUUUUCGAACUAUAUACAAUAUUAUUCUAUGAUACUCUUAGCGCUAUCUAUAAGCGUA